GGUAGUUUUAACUCCAUCUUCGACUCCGACUCCGAUUCCGACUCCGUACUUUGCCUGCGGAGAGACGAGACAACAAAUAAAACACGGUUCACGAGACGCGAUCACUGCACAACCACACAGAUAUCUACCUACAGUAGUUGAGACAUCGAGUUUUCUCGGUUACAUUAAUCAAUGUUGGCUUGCGGCUUCACCCUCGAUCGCGCAUGACAAUCUUCUUCUGCCUGAGAGACAUGGCCUCGAUCUUGCAAGAGACCUGACGUUGGCUUUGAAGCAACCCUUGAACGUUAUCAAUUCUCGCCAUGUUGACUGCGUCCCAGCCUGUACCGUCUGGCCUUCAUACACUAUCCACUUCGAAUAUGAUGUCGACACGCCCUCUUCCUCCUCCCUCCUCAAUUCGGCCCAUGAGCAAAGACGGUGUCGGCAGCAAACAAUCUACAAUAUGGGUGCCCAUGUUAAACAGCGCCUCCAAAGGCAAAGACGUUUCGGAGAAACAACUGAUCAUUCUCGGCGGGACUCCCGAACGGCAGCGCGAAUUGCUUGAACAGCUGAACCCCCCGAAUCUUCGUCCUCGACAUGGAGCCCACGACCGACGGAGACAGCCUCGAGCGGGGACAGGGAGCGGACAGCCUGGAGGAACGGCACCGAUUUCAAACCGCUACGCCUUGGGCUAUACAUACUACGAUGUCCUGGACGCGGACCAAGAAGACGUGUUGGCACGAGUAAAUGUGUACAUGCUGGCCAACCCCAGCGCGAGUUUUGCACCAUUACUCAAGCCGCUAUUCACCACCAAAACCGUCAAAGAUACAUUGAUUACUAUCUUGUUGGAUUGGGAGGAGCCGUUCAAAUGGGCCCGACAACUCCGUCAGUGGAUCCGACUGCUACGUUCGGUGAUUCUCAGUCUGGACGAACAGACAAAGAUUGAAAUGGAAGAGACCAUGACGGCGUGGAAAGAAAAAAGAGUUGGGCCUGAUGCUCCGGCUGCGCUUCAGUCCACGACAAACAUUAACAGCACCAUAGAUCCAGGUGCUUCGGUACCCCUAUUAGGCCCGGGGGAAUGGGACGAAGGACUGGGCAUUCCUCUGUCGGUUGUGUGCACGCGGGCGGAGAAAAUCGAAGUUUUGGAGCGUGACUAUGGCUGGGGCGAGGACCAAUUCGAUUUCCUGAUGCAGUGGCUCCGAUGUGUUCUGCUCAAACACGGCGCUUCGUUGGUCUACACGGCUACCUAUGACCCGAACAAUGUGCGCACGUUGAUCCAUUCCAGUCUGAGCAUCCAUUCUCUGCUGAAGCGCGAGGUGGCCAAACACAACAUUGUAGACCGAGAUAAGAUCCUUGUCCCACCCUCUUGGGACUCUUGGGGCAAGAUUCGCAUUUUAAAGGACGGCUUUGACCCGGAAAUCAUUGCCAAUGCCUGGUCCGUGGAGAUUCAGGAGCCCCCAGAACAGACGUUGAACUUGCAGACCGCAACCUCCCCUCAAAACAAUUUCGAAGCAGAAUCAGAAUCCGAGUCGCAGUCGGCAGUGUACACGUAUGAAUCGACCUUGCGCAACCCGGCAGAGCAGCGUCCUUCCUUCCAGCCACGGACACAUGAUGAGACUGUUGUUGUCCCAUCGGUGCAAGAGUUCUUGCAGACACAAUACGAAGUGCUGGAGAAACUCAAGGCCGAGGACGAAAAGGAACAGAGAAAGUCUCGACAAGAAAACCCGGCAGGUGGUGGAUCUGGAUCUUCGGGCGUCGUGGUUGAAGACAGGGUUUCCAACCCGACAAUGGCAGAGCGUAUCGGUCCGUACCAGAUCAACGUCAACGGAAUUGAUUUUGACGCCGAAGAAGCCAUGAGGAGGUUGAGAGAGCGCGAAAACAUGCGCAACAGAAUUGCCGCCUCCAUGUCUGCCUCUGCCUCGUCCACAACGGCUUCAUCUUCGGCGCCGGGACUAGAACGCUCAGCAUCCGCUUCGGCCGGAGUCAGCACGCCCAUGCGUCGUCAAGGUAGUGAAACUGCAGCAGCCGAUGGAACACCACAACAGCAGAACCCACUUUCACAGAUUACCUCGGGCAAACAGAGCAACGAGGCGGCAGCACAGUUCUUUGCCAAUCUCAUCAAGAAGACCGAUAGGAGGGGCAACACGAGUGCCAGCGCGAGUCCGACCCGAGGCCCUGGCACCGCUAGUCCCGGUCCGCGUGGUGGUCAUGGUUCUGCGGCAGGAUCCGGCACUGGAACUGGGGGUGGUGCUGGUGCCGUAGCAGCUCAGGAGAAGAGGCAUGACUCUUGAAAAGGUCGAGAAAGCUUGGUAGACGGCGAUUCAGGAAGCAAGCCUCAAGGAAUUCCAUGUCGACGCCCCUGACAUGUCCUCCGCUCGACAAGUGACACACAUAAUACCGGAGAAUUGUAUCCCCACAAUUUUGCCAGCAGUGUACGACUAGGAGAGCGGAGACGUUGGUCCUUGUGUGUGCCAUAUUACAGGGGUCACGGUGUGCACAUGUGUAUAUCGAGCCGAGCCGAACCUCUGCCAGAAUCCCACUAUUCGAAUUCUUAUUACAUUGAAUACUAGUACCCUACAGUUCUGCGUCCGCAAGGUUAAGGUACGCAAAGUCGAAUUGGCAGUGGUAAUUGAGGUACUACUGCAGCGACGCAAGUUGGUGUUGGCCUGCCUGGCAUGUGUGCGUUCAAGCGUGGCGAUUGUACUACUUGCCCACGGCCGUGGGUGCAUGGAUGGCUGAGACGGAAGUUAUAGAUGUAAUGUAUUUCUGUUCUAUACAUGUCCGUCCAGUCCGAAUUCGAAUUAAACCUGCUUCAGUUUCCUCUUCAGUUUAGUUAUACUUCUAGAUUCCUAUCUGAUUCUGAUCUGAUCACGUCUAUCCUGUGAUACCUAUAUACUAUCUAUCUAGCAUCGG